AAAUGAUAGGAUAUACUCACCAGACAUGUUUUUGCUGUAUCCAAUGAUGGUACAGAAGGCAGGACAAAGGCUGGUAUGAUAUCUGAGUAUGAUAUCCUCGUGAGACCUAACAAGGCAUAACAGCAUUUAUUCUUUACAUGAACAAGGCAACGUUCUUUUCUUAGAAAACUGUAUUUAAUUGAAGUGAGAAUAAGAAAGACUGGCCACAUCAUGUACUCAUACUGUAUGUCCUUACAUCUCUUUUUCUUCUGCUUUCCCAUCAAUCUUAGACUUGACAUUUUUUUAAGAUAAGAAGCACGGAAUCAUCGCUUCAUCCUGGUCUGUAAAUGCUGUUGAGUCUUAUCCAGCAGAGAUGAACGGUGUCCUCCCUCACCUCUUCCAGCCUUUUCCUUCUCCCCGGGUGUCACUCUCAUUUAGCAGGUUUUCCCAGCAGGGUUUUUUUUUCUCCACACACACCGGGGUAUUCGGUUUGUAGCUCAUAGCCGCCAUACAGUCUACACUCCCUAAGGUGUGAUUCAAACAGUGUGGGUGAAAGGCGAUAGCGUGCUCCCCACUCGCUCAGGUGCAAAAGCUGAUGUGACACACAUGAUGCCUUUGUAUGUGUGUGUGUGUGUGUGUGUGUGUGAGAGAGAGAGAGAGAGAGAGUGAAUGGGAGACUGAGGCACACUACAUGUGCCGUAUAUCCAUAUCAUUUGUGAAUCUGAGAGCAGCAUGUGCCACUGUAAUUCAGACAGAACACAAAGACUUGUUUUUCCCCACACAGACUUUUGUGUUGAUAUGACGAGACUGAACAUGUCCCUGCAGUAUAUCAUCCACUGAUUUAACUCCCACACAUCCCACACAGUGUGACACGUGAGCCAACAUACACAACAGCAGGACCCUCCAACUGACAACUGGCUUUCAUUCCUGUUAUUCUCCACAUCUGUGCUUUUCGCACUGUGACACAUAGAAAUGUCUGCUGAUGUGAAAAAGGCACUAUUGUGACACAGUUUUCAUUGUCCAAGUCACAUUUGAUUAUUGUUGCAUGUUAAUAAAAUAUGCAGACUAUGCAAUAUCUUGCUGGCAAUAAAAUGCAGUUUAAACAGGGCAAUUUUAAAAGGUCAGUUUACUCAUAUAAAAAACCCCAUUGUUUUUCACUUUUUUUUCCUUUUUUGGCAAAGACUAAUUUCAUGGUUAAAUGUUUGCACAUUUCCACAUUAUAUGCAGGGGGCAUCUUUGCUUUGUGCAUAUUUAUGAAAUAGAGGAGAUAACCUGACGCUUGAAGGUGAGUGUCUGGGAGGAUCGUGUUAGUGUUGGUCCAGGAAACACCUGACCACGGGAGGCCACACAAAGCCGUCUCUCCCAUUCCACUGGGUGAAGCAUCAAUUAUUCAGCUUGCUCUAAAUGUGGGACAAGAGGAGGUCAGGCCAGAUUCUCCUCCCAUGCCGAGGGCGAUGUUGACAUGCCCGAGGGCUGUUGAUGAGGAUGAUCAUGAUGAUGAUGAGUUACUUCCAUUGCUGAUGUGGAUUUGAUGAUGACUGAUGAUUCGCGCUCGCACAGAGGAGCACAGAACACAGGGGCUCUGUGUUGCCUCGACUCAACACAGAGCUAUUCUCGCACGCACACAGUAGGCCUCUGAAACAUUUCAGCGCAGAUAAGCCCGGAUGAUGACACAGACAGAGUGUGCUGAUACAGUAUAGAUGAACCCGCCCGGCGCAGUAUCCCUGUGUUACCAUGGCAACAAUGCAAAGCCCUUUCGACAAGUCUUGAGGGUCAGGAGAAAGAGUUGCGAUAGUGCCGGGAUGGGAGCGCGAGUGCUGAGCGGUUCGUGAAAGUGAACUUUGUUGCUCUCACAUUUCUCUCCUUUUCAAUCAAUGCCACGGUAUUCGACGCUGGUGAAUGAUGAAAUUAAGAACUCUCUCAUCCCCUGAAAGAAACGGAGUCUUUCUGUUUUCAGGAAGCAGUGGAUGCUCAGACUGGAGCAGAGGACACUGGUCGCCUGGCUGCAGUGAUUUAGCUGCUGGUAUGGUGCGCUGCAUCCCGACACCUCUACAACUAUGAUAAACCUGCUCAUGUGUUUGAGUGUUGUGCUGCUGGACCUCAUGACAGUCCACAUGUUUGUUUUUGCACGCAGGCCAUGGGCUCAUGCAGGGCCGCAUCGUAGGUGGUUACACCGCUGCUCCAAACUCCAUCAAAUACAUGGUGUCACUGCAGAGCACCAGGGGCCAGCACUUCUGCGGCGGGUCGUUGGUUCACAGGUACUGGGUGCUGACUGCAGCGCACUGUAACAUUGGGGCCGAGCACAUGAUGAUCGUGGCGGGUGACUACAUAAUAAAUUCCUACGAGGGGAAUGAGCAGUAUGCUAAACCCCACAGACUGGUCACCCAUCCCCUCUACAACAGGAGCACCAUCAACGCGGACAUCAUGCUCAUUAAGUUGCGGGCCCCUGUGGUGCUGAACAAGUACGUGUCGCUGGUGCCUCUUCCCAGGCAGGGGACUGCUGAAAAUGAAGGCCGGCUGUGUCGGGUGGCUGGGUGGGGCUUCAAUAGUCUGGCUGAAGGCCAGGCCCGCUUUACCCUGAGGACGGUCACAGUGCCCAUUAUAUCAACUGCAAGAUGUAACAGCAGUGACUCCUUUAAUGGAAAUAUCACAGCAAACAUGAUCUGUGCUGGCUACAGGACUGGAGGAAAAGAUGCAUGCAAGGGCGACUCUGGUGGCCCACUGGUGUGCGGGGGGCGUGCUUACGGUGUGGUCUCCUGGGGCAACGGCUGCGGAGAUGCUAAGUUUCCAGGGGUCUAUGUGGCGGUGUCCAAAUUCCGUCGGUGGAUAGACGAAACCAUCUAUGGAUCCUACUUUCGCUGCACCAAAUACUGAAAAAAAGCUAAGAUGACUGAAGUAGCCAUUCAAGCUCAAAAAUGUUGGCAUGGAACGAAGCUGUUUCUGUGAAAAAAUGUGCAGAGCUUCUCACCCACUGGGAUAUAGAUACUUAUUGUUGUCGCAUUUGUUUUUAGUCAGUACUGCUCUGAUUUUUCUGAUGAAGUUUUGAACAUUGGCGAUCCCUCUCGUGUUUUCAGAUUAUCUAACUGUAAACAGUGGUCUCUGCCAGGAUCCACUACACAGGGCACUUUAUACACCUACUGCACUUGUAGUUCCAGUCAUGUGAAGUUCAUAACUUGCACCACCAUUUUAUAAUAAAUAAUAAAUAUUCAAAUCAAGAGAAUGUGAAAUGAGCCGUGUGACGAUUAAAGGGUGAAUGUCUUGAUUAAA